UCUGAGUAGCCAGAGAUGCAGCAGGAUUGUGUGUUUGGAUGCGCAUCGCCCCGCCCCGCCUCUCCUCUCCUCGCGCAGCUGGAGCUCCUCUGAUCACACACUGUACAGGCAUCAGCCCCGCUGUCAACAUGUUUCUGCUCGGAUUCAGCCUGUGCCUGGGCAUCGUCCAUGGAAUUGUCCCCGAAAUAUCCAAAACAGACAUGGACAUCAUUGCAAACAUGGAGACAAAUGUAGCACAAGGACAAACGACACUGAGCGAUAUGUUCAAAGAGGUGGAGGAACUGAUGGAGGACACGCAGCAGAAGCUGGAGGACGCGGUGCAUCAGAUGGACAAUGAGACAGCAAAAUCAAACCUCCAUCCACAAAACGUCUCUUCAAACCUCCAAAAUUACAGCAGUAUUGAAAUCAGAGCUGGGAAUCAAUCUAUUUAUAUCGCUGAGAGAAUCAAUAAGACAACAGACAAUUCAACUGAAGAGACCAACAGCUCAACAACCAUUCAGCCCAGAGAUAAAGAGAACAGCCUUGAUCACGAGUGUGUCAUUGAUGAAGACUGUGAGAAGGGCAGGUACUGUCUCUACGAGACGCACAGCUCAAUAUGUCUGCCCUGCAAACAGCUUGAUGCGACGUGCAAAAAAGAUGAGGAAUGCUGUGCGGGACAGCUGUGUGUGUGGGGUCAGUGUGCGAGCAACAGCACAAAGGGAGACGCAGGAACCAUCUGUCAGUACCAAAGUGACUGUAAGGAGGAGUUCUGCUGUGCCUUCCAUAAAGCCUUGCUAUUCCCAGUGUGCAGCUCUAAGCCAAUAGAACGCGAGCGCUGCAUCAUUUCAGCCAAUCACUUGAUGGAGCUGCUGUCCUGGGAUUUGCAGGGGGAGGGUCCUCAAGAGCACUGCCCAUGUGCUGGUGACCUGCAGUGCCAACAUCUUGGACGAGGUGCGCUGUGCCUAAAGAGUCAGAACUCCAGCGAGGAGGACCUCACCGACACCCUCUACUCUGAGAUCGAUUACAUCGUCUAGUGAAAGACAGAUGAAGACAAGCUGCUGAAUCAGACAUGAACGCUUCAUCAUCACUCCAAAGCUUUGUAGGAAAUGCCUUCACCAUAAUCACCCAAAUGUACAGGCUCUAAAAAGCUGCUGUGAACGUGCAGCAGAAGAUAUUCGCUGAAGGCCUGAAUCUAAGAGCGUUCACACUGACAUCGAUUUGAAAGCAUCAGGUCACCCGCAUGUCAUUCAGUUCGAAUGAGAGUUGGCGAUCGAUUUGAGGUGACCCGAGUAACGGCGACCGCUGGUAAUGCAAAGUUGAGGGCGUCAAGCGGCACGUGAGACACUGUAGUCGAGUGAGGCAAGAUGACCACAUUUUUGAUUCAUGCACUUGUUCAUGAGAUGAUGCUUUAUGUUCGGUUGGAUUUGUGAUGAGGGUUUCAAACAUUUAGGCAUCCAGCAGAUGUAGUUCAUCAAAUCAUUGUCAGUGUGAACAGCCCUCAAGUGUGGAAGCUCAACUGUGGGUUUUUAGCAUUGGAAGGAAGCACUUAUUAUUAAUGUACAGUACUAAUGCUUCAAUAAUGUCUGGCAGAGAAAAUAUAUAGUGUACAGCUCUGAUGAGAUCCCAUCCAUCUUAGUUUAGUGUAGUAGCUAAAAUGACACACUCAUACAAGAAACCUAAUGUAAUUUCCCCAGGCAGUAAACAAAACACGCUCCAAAAAAUAAAAAGUUGAAAAACA